ACAAUAAAUCCGAGGCGAUCGUUCUCCGCUUGAUCGAUCACGAUGAGUGAUUUUUCUCAAUUAACCUGUCGGAUGCGUGCAGAUCGUUGGUGCCGUGCGCACCGAUGCGCUUAAAUACAUUGAACGAAACAGUGGUGACGAUUAAAGUGCUCCUGUUUCGCAAAAGGGAUCACUAUGUGGAAGACAAUACUGCUAUGCGCGUUCUUGGGGCUGGCGGCCGCCGAGAAGGCUACCUUCUACAAUUACAAGGUCUUCAGGCUCGUGCCGAUCACGGAGGAGCAUCUGGAAGUAUUGCGCCACCUUGAAGAGUCCGUCGAUGUGUUCUCCUUCUGGAGAUCGCCGAGCUACGUGAAUGCACCCGCGGACCUGAUGGUAGCUCCGCACAAACUACCUGAAUUCUACGAGAUGAUGAAGAAUUUCGAUAUACCCUAUAACGUCCACAUCGAGAACGUACAGGAGCUAAUCGACAGGACAACGUCGACUCAAAGCCGAACGCUUUCCUUCGACUUCACCAGCUAUCACACUCUCGACGAAAUCUAUGAGAACUUGGACGACUUGGCCAAGCAGUAUCCCAACAAAGUGCAGACCAUCAUAGGUGGCAAAACAUACGAGGGUAGGCAAAUCAAGGGCGUGAAAGUGUCCUUCAAGCCGAAUAAUACCGCCGUGUUCAUCGAGGGUGGCAUUCACGCCAGAGAGUGGAUCUCGCCGGCCACUGUCAUGUAUAUACUGCACCAAUUGCUGACCAGCAAAGACGUGGACGUCAGAAACAUAGCCGAGAGCUACGACUGGUACAUCUUCCCCUCGUUCAACCCGGACGGAUAUGUGUACACGCACACGACGAAUCGAAUAUGGAGAAAGACCCGUAAGCCGUACGGCUUAUUUUGUUACGGCGCUGAUCCAAACAGGAACUGGGACUACAAGUGGAUGAAGGGAGGCGCCAGUGACCUUCCUUGUAUGGAGACAUACGCUGGAAACAAGCCGUUCUCCGAGGUGGAGACAAAGAGCAUGUCCGAGUUUAUCAAACCCAUUGCAGAAGCAAAAAAAAUAGCCGUUUAUCUUUCGUUCCACAGCUUCUCACAGCUACUAAUGUUCCCUUACGGUCACACUAAGGACCAUUUAGAAAACUAUAAAGAACAGUACAAUGUCGCCAUGAAGGCAACGGAAGCCCUCACAAAGAGAUAUGGGACUAAAUACAGAGUUGGAAAUAUUGCCGAAACGAUUUACGUAGCCACCGGAAGUACUAUAGAUUAUAUGAAGGGUAUUCACAAGGUGCGUUAUUCAUACACCUACGAAUUACGCGACCAAGGUAAACAUGGCUUCCUGCUACCUCCUGAGCAAAUUAUUCCGACUGGGGAGGAGACCAUGGACUCCGUCGUAGCCAUGAUGAAGGAGGUGAUAGCGUGCCGUUUUGUCAACGAAGUUUAAGCCCCGCGAUUAGUGAAUAAUACCACCAGGUAGCACGUUGCAUGAGAAAGUGGCACCUUUAAAAAAUGUGUGAUUUUUAAUUACUACAGCUUGUCUACAACUUAAGAAGGUUAUACUUUGCAUUGGAGAAACGACACGCUUGUAUUUUCAACAAUUACGACUGGAUAAUGAGAAAAAUUAGGGGACAAAGUAUCGUGCCAAUCCGCAAUCAUUAAUUUAUAAUUGACUUUAUUCAGUUGUCAUUAUUUGUUUGAUUGUUCUGCAACGAAGUAUAUUUCUCGAGUUGUAUCGUUUAUCCAUGUGACGUGUGACGUAUUCUCUUUUUUGAUAAAA